CGGAAAAUGCAGUUAGAGGCAGCAAAAUUACGGGCUGAACGUGAGAACAGAAUUGUCAGAGAAAAGGAAAUUGACAAAGAGAUCGAGCUUAAGAAAUUGGAGCUUGAUUUUAAACGAUUAGAACAUGAGGAACGAGAGAAUGAACGUAGAAGGGAAUUUCAACGUGAAGAGCACGGUUUCGUGUUGAGAAAACUUGAGAUGGAAUUGGCCAUAAAGAAACUUACCAUCGCUACAGUUCCUCCAGGUUUUCAAUCUGACGUUUCUUUGCCUACUUCUCCUGUUCGCUCUAGUGUCAAUGUUACUGUGCCUGUGCCGUCUGCCCCGUUGGGAGAUUCCGAUGAAGUUGCUCCGCUGUCUGUUCCGUUGGACAUUUCAGAUAAUGCUGUCCCUUUUGUUCCUUUGGCUCCGUCUGUGCCUUCGAUUCCGCCGAACCAACCUUUCGAUGUCAGUCGACAUAUUCGCAUGGUUCCUCCGUUUAGUGACCGCGAGGUGGAUAAGUAUUUUAGUCAUUUCGAGAGAGUUGCCGUCACACUAAAGUGGCCUGUUGAGUUCUGGACCCUGCUGUUACAGUGCGUGCUCACCGGAAAAGCACAGGAGGUCUAUUCUGCGCUCACUGUACCACAGAGCUCAGACUACAGUUUAGUAAAAACGACAAUUCUAAAUGCAUAUGAGUUAGUUCCUGAGGCAUACAGGCAAAAAUUUCGUGGCCUUCGAAAAACUGAGCAGCUCACAUUCGUUGAGUUUGCGAGGGAGAAAGAGAGCGUUUUUGAUCGGUGGUGCACUUCUCAACGUGCCCACACUAAAGAACAAAUCCGAGAACUCCUUCUGCUGGAAGAAUUUAAAAACUGUGUUCCAGAGACUGUAGCUACUUAUUUAAACGACCAAAAGGUAACAACACUGUCACAGGCUGCUGUCUGUGCUGACGAAUUUGUGUUAACGCACAGAAGUUCGUUUCUCUUUUCUUCUCCUCCUCCUCGUCGUCGUUGUUCAGCUCAGCCUUCUAGUCCGAGGCAGAACGGAAGAGAUUCAGAGUUCCGAAGGCCUAAGUCACCUUCUGAAGCUCCUGUGAUCUCCAUCUACCCUCUUGAGGAGGAUGUUCGUAUGUUCGGUGAUGUGUCUGUCUCUUGUCCAAGACUUUAGACAGUUUGUGCCUUCUCCAACUCAUUAAUUGAUCAACAUUAGAUGUUGAUUUUUGGUGGUGGGGGUGUUACGUCCCUGUAUGUUUUAUCAGUGUUUGUUUGCUUUUGUCUGUUCUGUGUAUCUUUCUGUUGUGUUUCAGACAGUCCAGCAGGGGGGCUUAAUUGCUGGGCCGGCCUAUAAAAGGUGCUGGCUGAC